GGAACCACACAACUUCUUUGAUCUAUAUUAUCUCAUCUGUUUUGUUAUAUUUUCCUCUCAACAAAACAUAGAAUUUCGUUAGUGCUUGUUUUAGUUUAUCUAAAACCAAUAAACAUGGAGGAAAGUCCUUGCAAACCAGAUCAUGGAACUUGCCCAGAAGGUGGCAAUGGUUUGCCAAAAAUCUCCAUCAAUCUCAGGCCAUUGGAUCUUUCUGACAUAGAUGCUUUUAUGGUAUGGGCCGUAGACAAAGAAGUGGCUCGUUUUUGUACUUGGGAACCUUACACCUGCAAAGAAGAUGGCUUAAGCGUCAUCAAGGAGAAGGUAAUCCCUCACUCUUGGUUCAGGGCAAUCUGCAUAGACGACAAGCCAAUAGGUGCCAUUUCGGUGACCGCGAAUUCGGGCAAUGAUAAGUGUAGAGGGGAGCUUGGCUAUGUUCUUGGGUCCAAGUAUUGGGGUAAAGGAAUUGCAACUGAGGCUGUGAAAAUGGUUGCUGAGAUAAUAUUCAAAGAAUGGCCACAUUUGGUGAGACUUGAAGCUUUGGUAGAUGUGGAAAACAUUGGCUCUCAAAGGGUUUUGGAGAAAGUUGGGUUUUUAAGAGAAGGGAUUCUUAGGAAGUAUAAUUUGCUUAAAGGAAAAUAUAGAGAUAUGGUGAUGUUUAGUCUCCUUUCUACUGAUUAUAAUUCCAACACUGAAUUAUAGUUUCUAUACCAUUACCAUUGCUAUGUCUUGGAUUGCAUUAGUUACUCUGUUUCUUUUUCUUUUUUUUCUUGGUGACUAGUCUGUAUUCUUUGUUGUACUUUUCAAGAAAAAAAAAUCUAUGUUGUAUAAAAACUUUAAUUUGCAUUUGUUUUUA